AUGGAUGAACUCAACUACAACCGUGAGGAUUUAGCAAAGAAACAUGUUGGUUGGAAAAAGAUGCUAACAGAAGAACAAAAGAAGAUCUAUGAUGAGAUAAUGGAAGCUGUUACAAACGACAAAGCAUCUAGCGGUAUUGCAUCACUACUGCUGGAAGGAGGAAGAACAGCUCACUCUAGGUUUGCCCUUCCUUUAAACCCAAAUGAAACUUCUACUUGCAACAUGUCACAGAGCUCAGAACUUGGUGCAUUGGUUAAAGAAGCAAAGUUAAUCAUAUGGGAUGAAGCUCCAAUGAUGAGUAAAUACUGCUUUGAGACAUUAGAUAGAAGCUUGAAAGAUAUUAUGAGGUAUAAAGAAGACAAAUUGUUUGGAGGAAAAUUUGUCCUUUUUGGAGGUGAUUUCAGACAAAUUCUUCCAGUUAUUUUUGGCGCAGGAAGGCAAGCGAUUGUCAAUGCAUCAUUAAACUCUUCAUACUUAUGGAAUCAGUGCAAAGUUUUAAGACUGACAAAGAACAUGAGGUUGCUUCAAGACAUUGGUAAACAAGAGGCCAAUAUCCCACAAGAGUUACUUAUUCCAGAUUCAUCUCCGUUAGAGUCAAUCAUUGAAGCGGUUUACGGAAAGAACUUUGCCACCCAAAAGGAUCCUAAAUUUUUCCAACAACGAGCUAUUCUUUGCCCUACCAAUGAAGAUAUCAAUUCUAUCAAUGAUGUCAUGUUAUCAAGCCUAAACGCUGAAGAAAGAAUUUAUCUAAGUUCUGAUUCAAUUGACCCUCAAGAUAAACGUGCCCUGAAAAAUAAGGUUUACUCACCAGAUUUCCUUAAUACUAUUAAGGUUUCGGGUAUACCUUAUCAUCGGCUACGUUUGAAAAUAGGCUGUCCAAUUAUGUUGAUGAGAAAUAUUGAUCCGCAUGGUGGUUUAAUGAAUGGUACAAGACUGAAGAUCACCCAAAUGGCGGACCAUGUUUUACAAGCUCGGAUUUUAACUGGUACACGAGUUGGUAAGAUAGUUCUCAUACCUAGGAUGUUGAUAUCACCAUCAGAUGCUAGAUUGCCUUUCAAAAUGCGUCGAAGACAGUUCCCAGUGUCAGUUGCUUUUGCAAUGACUAUCAAUAAGAGUCAAGGACAAUCUCUAGAAAAUGUUGGUAUAUACUUGUCUAGACCCGUUUUCUCACAUGGUCAAUUAUAUGUAGCAAUGUCAAGGGUUAAAUCAAAGUUUGGAUUGAAGAUGUUGAUAACAGAUAGUGAGGGAAAACCUCAAACAAAGACAACCAAUGUUGUCUUUAAAGAAGUUUUCCAAAAUCUUCAUUAG